AUGGGUAUAUCCACAAGCUAUAAUAUGUUGCUAGGAAGACCAUGGAUCCAUGCGGCCGGAGCAGUUCCAUCCACAUUGCAUCAAAUCUUGAAGUUCAUCUGGGAGGACCAUGAAAUUGUCAUUCAUGGUGAAGGGAGUAAUCGUAGUUACCCUGGCUUCUCUGUUCCCGUUAUUGACGAUUCAUCUCAAGAAUUUGGAUGGCAUAUCCGACUUCUCCCUAUCCCACUUCAAAAUUUCCGCUUUGGCGUUGGUUAUACCCCAACAAAGGAGGAAUUAUUCGAAGCAGAAGCAAGGAAGAAACAUGGCCUUGAUAUACCAAAGCCUAUUCCAGAAUUGUACCAGUUAUUUGUGGCUAAAGCUUUAGAGUCCGAGAGUGAUGGUCUAGUGGAAGGGAUGGGACGAUUGUUUGAUGAAGGAAAUUGUGCUGUGAUCUUGGAAGAAUGCACUGCGACACCCACCAUCCAAGAUGCCAAACCUGAAGAGAUGCUACAGAAUUGGGUGGCCACUCUACUUAUGAUUCAUCGAAUUGCUUGUAAAAAUGAAUCUAAACUUGCCAAUAUCAUGACAUGUCACGAACACGAUGAACUAAGUAAAGUCAAUGAAGAUGAAUGUGAAGAAUAUGAUGAGGAAACUAUGAUGCCUGAACACCUUACUGACGACUUGAGGAACCUUGCAGAUAAUAAAAAUCCCAACCUGGAUGAGACAGAGAUAGUCAACUUAGGAGAUGACGAGUCGGUUAGAGAAACCCGAGUCAGUAUCCAUUUGACAGCAAUAGAAAAGGAAAAAUUGGUCGAGCUGCUCAAACAAUACAUCGAUGUGUUUGUCUGGUUGCCUAUCAAUUCAGGGUAUUUUCCAGUAAAGCAGAAAACCAGAAAGUUCAAACCUGAUCUGAGUUUAAGAAUAAAGGAAGAGGUCAUGAAGCAGAUCGAAUCGAAGGUCAUCGAAGUGACUAAGUAUCCCACUUGGUUGUCUAACAUUGUUCCAGUAGCGAAGAAAGAUGGAAAGAUUAGGAUAUGCGUGGAUUAUCGGAAUCUCAACAAAGCAAGUCCAAAAGACAAUUUCCCGUUGCCAAACAUCCAUAUACUAAUUGAUAAUUGUGCCAAGCAUGAGUUGCAAUCUUUCGUGGAUUGUUUUGCGGGAUACUACCAGAUCUUAAUGGAUGAAGAAGAUGCAGAGAAAACAACAUUCAUCACCCCUUGGGGAGUCUACCAUUAUCGAGUGAUGCCGUUCGGCCUCAAGAAUGCUGGAGCCACUUACAUGAGAUCUAUGACCACCAUAUUCCAUGAUAUGAUCCACAAAGAAAUUGAGGUGUAUGUGGACGAUGUCAUCAUAAAAUCCCGCGACAGUUCAGAUCAUCUGACGCACCUGAAAAAGUUCUUUGACAGGUUACGUAGGUAUGAUUUGAAGUUGAACCCAGCCAAAUGUGCAUUUGGAGUACCUGCAGGGAAGUUACUCAGUUUCAUAGUUAGUAGAAGAGGUAUCGAGCUUGAUCCUUCCAAGAUCAAGACAAUUCAAGACUUGCCUCCUCCAAAAACUAAGAGGGAAGUAAUGAGUUUUCUGGGGAGACUGAAUUACAUCAGUCGAUUCAUAGCCCAAUCAACGGUGAUUUGUGAACCCAUAUUCAAGUUGUUACGAAAGAAUGCGCCAACCAAGUGGACCGAAGAAUGUCAGCAGUCUUUUGACACUAUCAAAAGUUAUCUUUCAAAUCCGCCAGUAUUGGUGCCACCACGCGCGGGUAGUCCUUUGUUAUUGUAUUUAUCCGUCUCAGACAAUGCAUUUGGGUGUGUGUUGGAACAACAUGCUGAAACUGGAAGAAAGGAGAGAGCUAUAUACUACUUGAGCAAGAAGUUCACAUCGUAUGAGGCUCGUUAUACCCUCUUAGAGAGAAUUUGUUGUGCUUUGACUUGGGUUGCUAAAAAAUUGAGACAUUAUCUGACGGCUUAUACAACAUAUCUUAUUUCAAGAAUGGACCCACUCAAGUACAUAUUUCAGAAGGCAAUGCCCACAGGAAAGCUAGCAAAAUGGCAAAUGUUGUUGAGUGAGUUUGACAUUGUAUACAUGACUCAGAAAGCAAUCAAGGGCCAAGCCUUGGCCGAUCACCUUGAUGAAAACCCAGUAGAUGAAGGAUAUGAACCACUUAAAACGUAUUUCCCUGAUGAAAAAGUAUUGUUUGUAGGGGAAGACAUAUCAGAAUCAUAUCCUGGUUGGAGAAUCUUCUUUGAUGGAGCAGUUAACUCUAGAGGAUUAGGAAUUGGAGCAGUAUUGAUAUCUGAAUCAGGACAACAUUUUCCAGCAACAGCGAAGCGUAGAUUUCGAUGCACUAAUAACAUGGCUGAGUACGAAGCUUGUAUUCUUGGCAUCAGAAUGGCUCUUGACAUGAACAUUCAAGAAUUACUGAUAAUUGGUGAUUCUGACUUGUUGAUUCAUCAAGUUCAAGGAGAAUGGGCCGUGAAGAAUCCUAAAAUCUUACCUUACGUACAACUGGUAUGGAGGUUAUGUAAAAGAUUUAGGAAGACCGAGUUCAGACACACCCCGAGAAUACAAAACGAGUUUGCUGAUGCUCUCGAAACCAUAUCCACUAUGAUACAACACCCAGAAAAGAGUUACAUUGACCCACUUGAGAUAGGUUUAAAAGAACAACCAGCGCAUUGUUUACAUGUGGAAAAGGAAUCGGAUGAAAAUCCAUGGUAUAUCGAUGUGAAAAGGAGUACUCCUGAUCUGGGAUUACUACGAUGUGUGGAUGUUGUAGAAGCCACAAAAUUGCUUGAAGAAGUGCACGCUGGAGUGUGUGGGAUGAAUAUGAAUGGGUUUACAUUAGCAAAGAAAAUAUUAAGGGCAGGAUACUUCUGGAUGACUAUGGAAAAUGAUUGUGUUCGAUUUGUCCAAAGAUGUCAUAAAUGUAAGGUACAUGGAGAUCUGAUCAAAGUACCUCCUCACGAGCUCAAUGCAAUGAGUUCUCCUUGGACAUUUGCAGCAUGGGGCAUUGAUGUUAUUGGACCAAUUGAGCCUGCUGCUUCGAAUGGUCAUAGGCUUAUUUUGGUCGCCAUUGAUUAUUUCACGAAGUGGGUCGAAGCUGCUUCCUAUAAAGUUGUGACUAAGAAAGUUAUGACUGAUUUUGUUCGCAAUAAUUUGAUAUGUCAUUUUGGAGUUCCUGAGUCUCUCAUCACGGACAAUGGUGCAAAUCUUAACAGUCACUUGAUGAAAGAGAUAUGUGAACAAUUCAAAAUUACCCACCGUAAUUCAACUGCAUAUCGUCCUCAAAUGAAUGGAGCUGUGGAAGCUGCCAAUAAGAACAUCAAGAGGAUAUUGAGAAAGAUGAUUGACAACUACAAAUGUUGGCAUGAAAAUUUGCCUUAUGCUUUGCUAGGUUAUCGCACCACAAUUCGAACUUCAACUGGAGCAACUCCGUAUUUGUUAGUAUACGGAGCAGAGGCAGUGAUACCAGCUGAAGUUGAGAUACCAUCUUUGAGGAUUAUUCAGGAAGCUGGAUUGAGCGAUGCCGAAUGGGUUCGUGAUCGAUAUGAGCAGUUAACAUUGAUUGAUGAGAAAAGAAUGAGUGUCGUUUGUCAUGGCCAGUUGUAUCAACAGAGAAUGGUUCGUGCUUUCAACAAGAAAAAGAAUCAUUGCUCUCAAGCUCAUUGCCGUCUCGAGUUCGCUGCUCCGAAGAAGCAAAUGCUUCCAGUUGAACUUCUCAUUUUGCUCUUAAAAGGAAGUAUCUACCAUGCUUUGAUCUUUGUGAAUGUUCAUGGCAGCAAAAAUGCAGACAAAAAUGUGAAAUAUAGAGAUGAGGUAAAAUGCAGGUGUUUGGAAGCAGAAGAUACACGCAGAGAGCUGAUAUAUACGUCAAUAUACACCGAUAUUCACUCUCCUAAUUAUUUUGAUUAUGUUGACUAA